ACGAUCUUAUUACAUUGAAUGCUGUUAUGACUUGGUAUUAAAGGUAGCCAUACCUCCGUUCAUUCCCAGCUUUGCUUUGCUGCAUUUUACACACAUACACUACUGUAGUUCUGCUCUAUCUGGCGCGUCUUUAUUUCGCCUGUAAGGCUGUUUUAAAGAUGAAGCUACUCUAUCUUUUUACCUACUUCUCUAUGAUAGCUGCUCUAGCUAUCCUGUCUUCGCCUAUCCAUACGGACCAUACUGGUAUCGAAGUUCGCAAACAACCCAAUCGAAGCAGCCCAAAGACACCCGACACAAAGGCAGACGACCGAAAGACAACCGACCCAAAGGCAGACGACCCAAAGACAACCGACCCAAAGAAAGACGACAAGGAGAAACCCGACCCAUCGAAAGCCUGGAAGUCAAUCGAGCACUUUUUUCCUUCGCGUUACCCCCAACACAACACAUACUAUUGGUUCACGACCUGUAUAGCACAGGGGGAUAAUCGCGACCCAGAAGAUAGUGACGAAGAACCUGAUGAAGUAGAAGAUUGGUCUGUUGCAGAGACUGGCUGUGCUCACAUAGGGAUUGUGGUUGGUAAGACUGCGCGGACGAAGAAGGAAUUCAAAGCGACCUUGAUAGAUCUUGUGGAAUUCGAGAACACGGAAGGCAAAAUACAAUUGGGCUAUAGGUUUAUCGAAUGGGAAAAACCAAUCAACAAGCAAAAACUUCGAUACGGUGGCAAAAACAAAGCUAAAGCUGAAGGUGGGAAAACAACUAAAGCUAAAGCUAAUAUAACUAAACUGGAAGCUCUUGGUCUGUAUUUCUUUAUCUUACCUUUACUUACGUUGCCUUCUAGACAAGACACUAAUAAAUGUAUAGCUAAAUCGUGGUUGGAUAAAAAAGGCACGGUAUAUAACAUGGAGGCAAACUGUUUAACUUUCUAUUACUAUAUAAAAUCUUUACUACAGUAG